CUGGGUGAUCGCCCAUGAACUGCCCAGGUGUGUCCAGGGCCACCGAGACAGCUGAGGCCCGACAAGGUCAGGUCCUGGGGAAGAGGGAGGAGGGGUAGUAGUCACCCACCGCUGUUGUCUGAAAAACCCGGCCUAGGGAAAAAGGCCCACCUCGAAGGGGGCCAACACCAUUGCCUAUUGCCCACUGCCAGCAACCACCCACCCAGCCCACCAUCCAUCCCCCCACAGGACCCAAGGCCCAGCACACCACACCACACAGAGCAAGCAGCACGGUACAGCAAAGCAGCUUAGAGCAAAAGCGCCACCGUCCGCUUCAAAGCCCUUCCUCGGUGACAUCUUCGCCUCCUUUUCAUCACAAUCCCUUCUCAGAUACCCCGCAUCAUCGUCACCAAACCAUCCUGAUUGCUUCCAAGGUUGGUUGUCGCAUCUUGCAGUCGCCCUGGGCCCGUCUCUUGUCUAUGGUGGGUGUCACAUUUCCUUUGCCUCGCCUCGCCUCGCCUCUUCCUCAACCUUGCCCUCGCCUCAGGCUCUGCCCGCCCGACUGCCUUGCCCACUUUCUCUGCCUGCACCCCCAGUCGCCGCUCCCCUUCUUUGUGACCGCCGCAACAAGCAACACGCAACAAGAGACCGUUGUGUCGCGUGUAGCAGCAGCAGCACCACGACCAGCACCACCGCCAGCAAACAACAGCAGCACCACGGACGCACCCACCUUGCGUCUUACCGCAACCCUAACAGUAGCUCUCGCUGCCCUCUCUGCCUCCGCCGGGGCCCUUGGACACCUUGUCAGCCAAGCCCAGCAGGAGCUUGUCUGCUUCCUCCACAGUCGCUGCCCUGCCCUGCCUGCCCUGCCCUGACCGACCUUGAGGCUCUUUCUGCACUUCCAUACUCACCUACCUUAGCUCUACACCUAGCAUCGGCCCCAUCCUUGCCCUCCAUCUCGACCACCAUAUCGGCUCAACAAUUGCAUCCAGUAUCCACACAGACGACCCUCCCAUCCACCUAAUCUAUACCACGAACCUGACCCCGCCCACACGUAUCGUGGCCACCCUCUGCCAUCCUCCCGUCGUAGCGUGAAGGCCGACCUUCGCCUACACCUCCUCGACUCGCAACGAUGGUAGAUGCUGAACCAGGCUCGCCGACAUGGAAGUUCACCCAGUGCUUCGGAGACAAGGGGGAUGUUGAGGAUAUUACGGAGGCCGACAUCAUAUCUACCGUUGAGUUCGACCAUACAGGUAACUACCUGGCAACCGGUGAUAAGGGUGGACGAGUCGUCCUGUUCGAGCGCAACGAAACAAAAAAAACUUGCGAGUACAAAUUCCACACCGAGUUCCAAUCCCAUGAGCCGGAGUUCGAUUACCUCAAGUCCCUCGAAAUCGAAGAGAAGAUCAACAAGAUCAAGUGGUGUCGACGACAAAAUGCCUCCCACUACCUCCUCUCUACGAAUGACAAGACGAUCAAGCUGUGGAAGGUUUUCGAGAAGUCCCUUAAGGUGGUGGCCGAGAACAACUUGUCCAACGAGGCCACCCCCGGGAACAUCGCCGGCGGCGGUGGCGGCCCCCGGGCCCUGCCAAGUGUCAUCAAGAAUGCGUCCGACCUCAAGCUGCCUCGCCUCACUCACCACGACACAGUAGUGGCUGCCGUGCCGCGCAAGACUUAUGCCAACGCGCACGCCUACCACAUCAACAGCAUAUCGGUCAACAGCGAUGGCGAGACAUUUAUCAGCAGUGACGAUCUCCGCAUAAACCUCUGGAACCUCAACAUCCAAGACCAAAGCUUCAACAUUGUGGAUAUCAAGCCUGCGAAUAUGGAAGAGCUCACCGAGGUCAUCACAGCCGCCGAAUUCCACCCGAUGAGCUGCAACUGGUUCAUGUACGCUAGUUCCAAGGGCACGAUCAAGCUGGCAGAUAUGCGCGAGAGUGCCCUCUGCGACCAACACGCCAAACUGUUCGAGCAAGAGGAGGAUCCUUCCGCCAGGUCGUUCUUCUCGGAAAUCAUCUCCUCGAUCUCAGACGUUAGGUUUUCAUACGAUGGCCGGUACAUCCUGUCAAGAGACUACCUGACGGUCAAGAUCUGGGACGUCAACAUGGAGAGGCAGCCGGUCAAGACGAUCCCCAUCCACGAGCACCUCCGACCUAGGCUGUGCGAUACCUACGAGAACGAUAGCAUCUUCGACAAGUUCGAGGUUGUGUUCUCGGGCGACUCCAAGAACGUCAUGACUGGAAGCUACAACAACAACUUCAUGAUCUACCCGUCCGACCCGGAGAAGGAAGUCGAGGUCGUAUUACAAGCAGACAAGUCGGCAUUCAAGGCUAAGAAAGUAGGCGUGCCAACGCCGAUCAACUCGUCUACGAGCCCUACCGCUAAUGGCGGUAAGAAGAACGGGUCCCGAGCUGGCAGCCCCGCUGGAGCAGGACAGAGGAUGCGCAAGGAGACGGACGCGGACCAGAUCGACUUCAACAAGAAGAUCUUGCACAUGAGCUGGCAUCCAUUUGAGGACAGCAUCGCCAUUGCGGCCACCAACAAUCUGUUCGUGUUCUCGGCCCUUUAGACGGUUACCACACAUAAUCAUCGUCGUCAAGGGCAGCUGUCGUGUGGGCCUGGCAUCCACCCUGGUUGUUUCCUGCUCUUUGGGGCUCUUACAGGGAUAUCCUCGCAUUUUGGCGUCCCGACUUCACGACGCACUUGGGCCGCAAGCAUUCAUGAGUCUUGCGGCAGGAGGACUCGAGCUUGGCGGUGGCUUGGGCCGUCCCGGUCGGGUUCGUGUCAGACACCACCAACUGUGGAGGACUCGGCAGAGGUGGGGACACCUCUGGUCGUUGAGCUUGGGAGGGCGCUUUGGAGGCGAGCCGGCGGGACACCAUGGGACAAGUGUGGUGGUGGUGGGUGAGGAUGUCGAGAUAAAUGCAUUAGAGUGGAGGGAAGGCAAACAAGUUGUUUGGCAUAGAGACCACCCUCAGCCCAGACAGAUAAGAGACAUGAUUAGAUUGAGAAGGACAAUUUUCUCUUGUGAUCAAAGCCGUGCUUUCUGUGCAGAAUGUGGUUUUGUUCAGUAGCAUUUAAAGGGACUUGUGUCCUCCUCGUUCUAGGAGAAGAGAUAAUAAAGCCAAUGGAAGCAAUCAUGCAAAGCUCAAAUGGGCAACUCGACCCUAGGCAUGCGGUACCAAUAGCUGGAGUGCCUAGGGAGGGAUGUCAACAGAAUACAGUGAUGUAAGCUUUAGGGGCAUUGAAAAUAUGCAUAGCGGUGGUGAGAGGAUGAUGCCAGUGGUUUUUGUAGAAGAUUUUACCUCUGCUGAUAUCAAGAUGGAGUCUGAGUACAACGUCUUCAUUUUUGAUGAGCAAGGCCAGU